AUGGACAACCUGGAGGAGGUGGUUAGAACAGCAGAGGAAGUGCUGGGGAAAUGGAAGAGCCAUCAAUUAUUCCAGUCCAAGUGGGACACCGCUGCCUUCAUUAUCUUCCUCAUCUUCGUGGGCACUGUGUCGCUCCUGCUGCUGCUUGCUUGUCUCCACUGCUGCUGCUGUUCCCGCUGCCAACGCCACCGCUCCUCUGGACCCCAAGGGACUGCCAAGCAGGAAAACUCCAUGGGAGUGAAUAACUUGGCUCUGGAACCUUAA